GGGCACACUCGGGACGUUUCCCAAGAACAGAUCAGCUUGGGGACCAGAUUUUCAGAACGGAAGAGGAGCAGGUUGCAGACAUGAGCAUAGAUCUCAGGGCUAGCUGGCAUCCUGGUUGGAAGGCCCUUCAGCAGUUGCUUCUGAUCCACAAGCAGAAAAUAAAAUCAGCCUGGACCCCAGCUUUUCAGAAUUGAGGGAAAUAGCCAUCAUGAGUGAGGUCAACAAGAAUUCUCUGGAAAAAAUCCUCCCACAGCUGAAAUGCCAUUUCACAUGGAACUUACUUAAAAAAGAUGGUGUCUCGCGUGAUCUAGAAGACAGAGUGUGUAACCAGAUUGAAUUCGUAAACGCUGAGUUCAAAGCUACAGUGUACAACUUUUUGGCCUACAUAAAACACUUAAAUGGUCACAACGAGGCCGCCCUGGAGUGCCUACAGCAAGCUGAGGAGCUGGUCCAGCGAGAACACUCUGAUCAAGCAGAAAUCAGAAGGCUGGUCACCUGGGGAAACUAUGCCUGGGUCUACUAUCACCUGGGCAGACUCACAGAUGCUCAGAUGUAUGUGGACAAGGUGAAACAAGUAUGCGGGAAGUUUUCAAAUCCAUACAGUAUGGAGUGCCCUGAGCUUGACUGUGAAGAAGGGUGGACACUGCUAAAGUGUGGAGGAAAGCACAACGAAAGGGCCAAGGUGUGUUUUGAGAAGGCUCUGGAAGAGAAGCCCAACAACCCAGAAUUCUCUUCUGGACUGGCCAUCGCAACAUACCAUCUGGAUAAUAAACCACAGAAGCCAUUCUCUGUUGAUGAUCUGAAGCAGGCCCUUGAGCUGAAUCCCGACGAUCAGUAUGUCAAAGUACUCUUGGCCCUGAAAUUGCAGAAGAUGAAUGAAGAAGCUGAAGGGGAGCGGUUGGUCCUAGAGGCCGUGGAGAACACUCCUUGCCCAGCAGAUGUCCUUCGCAAUGCAGCCACAUUUUACAAAAAUAAAGGUGAUCUAGACAAAGCUAUUGAACUGUUUCUAAGGGCAUCGAAAUCCAUUCCAAACAAUGGUUACCUGUAUCACCAGAUUGCAUGCUGCUAUAGGGCAAAAGUCAAACAGAUUCAGAGUGCAGGAGAAUCUGAAGCUGGCAAGAAUGGAGAGAAGAUUGAAGAACUAAAGAAACAUGCUAUUGACUAUGUGAUCAAAGCUAUUGAGAAAGGAGUGGAUCCACUGUAUGCAUAUUCUGAUGUCACCGACCUCCUGGAAAGAGAAGACUGUUUUCAGACAGCUUUCAGUAAGGAGCUCCCCAACACUGGGAGGCUACAACCCCACCAGCACUACUGCGACUUUGAGGGGCAUCAUGGGAAGUCUGAAGACACUUCUGUCCAACGUGAUUUAGAGGGUGUGCCCACAAGCACAAAACCAGCUGAGAAGGGAAAGAUGAAGUGCCCACCACAGAAUAUAGCUGGAAAUCAGCUUCCACAAAAUGCACCCAAUUCUUGGUAUCUCCAAGGAUUAAUCCACAAGCUGAAUGGAGAGCUGCUUCAGGCAGCCAAAUGUUAUGAGAAGGAACUGGGCUACCUCUUAAGGGACAGCCCUACCGGCAUAGGCAGCUUUUUCCUGCCAUCCCCUGAGCUUGAACAAGGCAGUGAGGAAGGAGGCCGGGGCCCACACAGCCCCGUUCUCAGAGCUCCCCCAACCCUGAGCUGAAACACAGAGGAGGGACGGGAGCACAGUCAGGGAGCAUGGGGUGCUAGUCUCGCUUAUUGCUUUAGGGCACAUCUGAGGAGUUGUUUCCUCGUGUCUGUCUCCCCUGUGCAUAUCAGCCAUACACACUUCCCUAGUCUGCAGGUCUUAUAACAAAAUUAGCAGUGGAAACAGUGCUUCAGGCCUGCAUGCUGCUGAGUAAUUCUCAGUUUGCACUCAGUUCACCGGAUAGCCCCCAUUUCUGCCCUUCUUGCCAAGAGUCUUAGCUCGCCGCUGCCUGCUCCCAGGUCUCCCGCCCUCUGCCCCACUGCUAUCUAGCCUUCUGGACCUCCUGAAAGACCACCUUUUGACUAAUCCUGGAAUAUUCCUUCUGUCUGACUCUUGGCUUCAGCCAUGUAUAUAUAUGCCUGAUUGUGAUACUACAAUAAAUACGUAUUCUUGAUAGUGAUGCUACAAUAAACCUUAAAAUUUUGACUCAGGAUAAA